CGAUAAGUCCAUACGUGAUUUUGAGGUAUGGUCGUCUUUUGCCGUAUCUUCCAUUGUUUGAAUCGUGUUUCUCCGUCCCAAAUAUCUCGUUCCUAGUGUCAUGAUCACGUGGAUCUAGCCAUGGCCGUGUUUGAUCUUGUCAUUGUGGGUGCAGGUAUCCACGGCCUGACGAUGUUGAAGACACAUUGUGAUGUACGUCCCAGCGCAUCAAACCUAGUCAUCGAGAAAGGAAGCUCUCUGGGAGGUGUCCGGGCCAAGGAGAGACUGCACACUAUGAUCACAAUAUCUGGAGAGCAUGUUAAUGGGUAUAUUCACGACUUGGCGAGAACUUUCGAUCUCCUGAAGCACAUGCGCUCCAACUCUAGCGUCGAACUGGCUGUCGACUGUGGCCCUUUAGGUUGGACGCUUACUGUAGCUGACAGAUCGUCCGGCGAGGAGUCAGAAACGUUAAUCAAAACAGCAGAACUCAUCGUAGCUACGCGCUUGACGUCAGAGCCGUUACUGCCUAAGCUUGAAGGGAGAGAUAGCUUUGACGCCACAAUAUAUCAUACAAUUGAGCUUGCCAAGACUGAAAAUGAAUUGGGUUCUUUCAAAAAGGUAGUGCUGCUCAGUGGCGCAAAGUUCUCGUGGGACAUCGCAUGCGGGCUCGGUCCAUGCUGGAUAACACCGCCGAGACUCACGCCUUUUGAGAUCAUUCCUGAGCUGCUGUUACAAACCAGGCUGAUCACCUGGCUCAGUCCCGACGAUUGGUUCUUUUAUAUCCGAGACUUCUUGUCUGCGAAGGACGCUCUCCGAUUGCACAUUAUCGAAGAAAGCAACAGGUACCACGAACACUCAGAAACCCCCAUUCUACAUCCGAGCGACGAUGUCUUCUUUAUUGGUACAAAUCGUGGUCUACCGAACUACGAUAUGGACUUCUUCGAGUUCGUCCGAAAUGGUACUGUCCGCGUACACAAUGCGGACAUCGCGAAACUUAGUCACCAGACUGCGCACUUGUCAAAUAAUGAUACGCUGAAAACUGACAUACCCAUAUGCGGCACAGGCUGGAAAGACACCACACAAAUUGGCUCCCACACCGAGAGGCUGCUUGGUCUUCCCGGCCACCUGUCAUCGAGUGCGGAGCCGUACAUUGCUAAGACAGAUUCUGCAGUGUUUGAGGCUUGUCCUAGGCUCCAGAACCAGCCUCCUUCUCGAAAGACGAUGCCAACGACUGAAGACACCGAGGAGACGACCCCUGAGCCUUCCCGCUUGUAUCGCUUCAUGAUUCCGCCUGCAUUCAUCGACAGUCGCACACUUGCAUUCAGCGGGGCGUACAGGAGCCUGGCGACCACCUUUAUAGCGCAGACAAAGGCUCUCUGGAUCACUGCUUUCUUUGAUAACACCAACAAAUUCGGCGCUCGCUUCCCUGAGCUGUGGGUCGAUUGUCUACCGAACUUCGAUCUUUUUCUAAAGGACGUCUGUGUGCCAAAUGAGCAGAAUAAGAGCUGGUGGGCAGAGCGAUAUAUCGCCUAUGUGCCGGUGGACUAUAUCGGUAUGGUUAAUGAGUACUUGACUCUCGAUACGAGACUUCGAGUUUCACAUUACAAAGAUGACUGAUAGCAGAAGUCCAACCCAUGGGCGUUGAACGAAGACUCUCGACAUACGGACGAUCCUUCCAACUGCAAGGCAUCGCAGCGGCAAACGACACUUUCUUCUGCAGAUUUUCCAACUGCAGUGGCUCAAUUUCUAUCAUUUUGAUGCAACGUCCAACUUGUA